AUGAACCACACUUUGAGAACUGUUCUCUUAACGUGGCAGUUGCUGAAAGCUUACACAGGAGGAGGUAAAUCUCACCUGGCUAUUGUACAGCGGGUAAACAAUGAGGGAGAAGGGGAUCCCUUUUAUGAAGUUCUGGGAAUUGUCACCUUAGAAGAUGUGAUUGAAGAAAUCAUCAAAUCUGAGAUUCUAGAUGAAACAGAUUUAUACACUGAUAACAGAACAAAAAAGAAAGUGGCCCACCGUGAAAGAAAGCAAGAUUUUUCUGCCUUUAAGCAGACAGACAGCGAGAUGAAAGUUAAAAUAUCACCACAGCUUCUCCUGGCCAUGCACCGUUUCCUAGCAACAGAAGUAGAAGCAUUUAGCCCAUCCCAGAUGUCAGAGAAGAUCCUUCUAAGGCUGCUAAAGCACCCCAAUGUCAUCCAGGAACUGAAGUAUGAUGAGAAGAACAAGAAAGCCCCAGAGUACUACCUCUACCAGCGCAACAAACCCGUAGACUACUUCGUUCUCAUUUUGCAGGGGAAAGUGGAAGUAGAAGCUGGGAAAGAAGGCAUGAAGUUUGAAGCAAGUGCUUUUUCAUACUAUGGUGUGAUGGCCCUUACAGCCUCUCCAGUUCCUUUGUCCCUGUCUCGUACCUUUGUUGUCAGCAGAACAGAGUUGUUAGCAGCAGGUUCUCCAGGUGAAAAUAAGUCACCUCCUCGCCCGUGUGGCUUAAAUCACUCAGACUCUCUCAGUCGAAGUGACCGGAUUGACGCGGUAACACCCACGCUGGGGAGCAGCAACAACCAGCUCAGUUCUUCGUUCCUUCAAGUCUACAUCCCUGACUACUCAGUGCGAGCACUUUCUGACCUUCAGUUUGUUAAGAUCUCAAGACAGCAAUACCAAAAUGCCUUGAUGGCAUCCCGGAUGGACAAAACCCCUCAGUCUUCAGACAGUGAAAACACUAAAAUUGAAUUGACUCUUACGGAGCUGCAUGACGGGUUGCCAGACGAGACGGCCAACCUGCUCACUGAACAGAACUGUGUGACGCACAGUAAGGCCAACCACAGCCUGCACAGCGAAGGCGCCAUCUAGGGUGCCCGUGGCCCCCACUCCCGUAGUGAGCUCGUGUGCCGUGCUGCGUCCUGUGACGUUCUGAGACCAAAGACUUUGUCCCCUGCCUGGAGGCUGCAGAGGAGGAUGGUGGUGAGAAGAAUGGAAGUAAGAGAUGGCGUGAGAGCAACAGCUGGGGCGUGACAUUCAAGAUUUUGAAGAUGAACUUCUUCUGCCCAGAUGGAAUCAUGUUUGUUUUUUCAGCUGUAGCUUUUAUCAUUAUUCACUUUCUUCCUCCCUCGAUUGCAUGAAGUUGAAAAUUGUUGCGAUUUAUUUUUUCAAGAGAUCAUGUUUUUAAAAAGUGUCUUUUGCAGAGUUUUAAGUUGUUCUAUCUGAACUCUGCUGUGAUCCCAUGAUAUGACCCUCGUAGGAUGGACCUGCCCCUCACGUGGUCUUCCUUGGCCCUCCCAGGGAGGGCACCCUUCCUCCGUGCCCCAGUGAGUAUCACUGUUGAACUUGAUGGAUGAAUGAAGAAAAUGAUGUUGCUGCAGAACCUGCCAAGUCUGUCGUCACUGUGGGGUGUGGCCUGCAGAGGGACCUGCAGUUGCCUGAGCUCAUUGUUGUUUUGAGAAUUUAAUGUUUAACUGUGCCCCUUUCCCUCAGGAAGGUUUAACAUUUGCUUGGAAAUGUGAUUUUGCUCCCACCCUAAGGAAUUUCUAUCACCAAAAUGAAUGUUAAUGAAUUUUAAACUCGUGAUUUAUCAUUGGCAAGAGGCAAGUUGACUUCGUCCUGACAUUCCUCCAGCCUGGGGUCUCCGGCUCAGCCAGCCCUCCUCCCCCGACCCAGCACCCAAGCUUAUGGAGCGCCGUCACCCACCUCCCUGGCCCUUGCUCUUGUUAACCCAAGAUGCUGCUACACAGAGAUGCCAAAUGGAAAUCUUCCACAGGGCUUUUCAGUUACCAUAUGACGUGGAGCUCCAGGUCCUCCCCUCCCGCUGGGACGUAUGUAAUUAUCAGAAAAGGAGUCGGACCCUCCAGCUGUGCUCUCUACUGUGUGCCGAGGAGGCAUUUCUAGACCCAUGUUUUUAAAGGAGGGAAAUUUGGGGAUUGCCAGCCCCUGCCCCUCCUUCCAGAGAGCUAACUGUCCCUCUUCCCCUGCAUCCUAGGGCCCAUGGGGCCCAGUGGUGGCUGUGUCUCCUGCCCACAGGCCUCUGUGCCUCCCGCCUCAGAUGCGGCCCACACCAGAGAGGCUGCCUGUACAGCCAGGGACAGUUUGGCCCCAAACAGGGAUUCAGAAACCAAAUGUGUGUUAUGACCAUUUCAUGUGUGUCUCUGUCUUAUUUUAAUACCAGAUUCAUCAUGUGUAGUGAAAUUAAUGUCAGGAGGUAUUUCUUGAGAGACUGAAUUCUUAA